AUGUCCACCCCCAACCCACCUACAUGGGCCCCACCCAACGAUGUAGAAGAAUUCAAGCGACAGUAUGAGGUCGACGCUGCCGAAUUAUUUAAGAAUAUCGCCGUCCUUGUCCAGCGCAUCCGCCUCCAGAGGGAUACCCUUAGUACACAAUUCGCCGCCGCCAAUGAAACCAUUGACAACCUCGAGGAGCAGGUAAUCCGGCUUAACCUCGACCUCAAUGUCGCCCAUGCCGCCUCCGCCCCUACCGUCGCUGUUCUCGUUGCCGCUGCCCCCCCACCUGCUACCGCCCCCGCCUUCAGGUCCGAAAAGUUCCCAGACCCCGAAAAAUUCGAUGGUACCCGUACCAAGCUGCUCGGAUUCACCACCCAACUUCGAAUGAAACUUGAGGUCAACCACGAUCGGUUCCGAAAUGAGGCAGCAAAAGUUAUCUAUGCCAUCAGUCGCUUGGAAGGAAGGGCCCUUGACCAGGUCGUUCCACUCGUUAACGCUAACCCUGCUGCCCCCUUCUCCUCCGUCACUGCCUUUGUUGCCCACCUGGAAGCCUCGUUUGGAGACCCAGAUUCCCGGGGUACCGCCCGUCGUCAACUCGUUGCCCUGAAGCAAGGCAAAGGGGACUUUGCCACCUAUUACUCACAGUUCCUCCGUAUUGUUGCCUACCUAUACUACAACGAAGGAGCCAAGAUCGAUGCCCUGACCGAAGGACUGUCGGAAGACCUGAAGGACGCAAUAACAUACCGGACAGAUAGGCCUAAUACCAUUGAGGCAUAUGCCACCAUGUUCGGGGCCGUAAAGCUGAACAAUGGGCUAUUCGGAAUACGAUGGGACAAUUUACCGCCCCCGCCGCUGUCGCACACCCAUCUCAUACCGCCGGAGGCCUCACCCCAAUGGACCUCUCCGCCCUCCAAGCCCGUCCCACUCAACGCCCUGCCGCCGAACAAUGAUACACCUUUGUCAAUGGACAGCGCAAAACCUCUGCCGCCGAAAAACAAUGGCGAAGGGACAACAAUCUCUGUAUGUACUGCGCCAACCCUGGCCAUGUCUUCGCCAACUGCCCCUCUGCCAAUCGCCCGCACGUCCCGCCUCCUCCGAGUCGGGUUUUCAGUAGUCCCGGGCUUGAUCAAUGGCCCCUGCCCGAGACCUUCCAAUGUUUCUCCUUUGUCUGCGUUUUCUAUCUCUGGCUUCUCGGUAUCGUCUGUGGAGGAUAAAUUGGAUGGGGAUCAUUUUGUUGCUUCUUGUAAAAUUGUAAACAAUAAAAUAUCCAUUCAAACCCACGCAUUGAUUGAUACCGGUUGCUCCGGAUCCACAUUCAUUGAUGAAACAUUCGCGCGCCAUAACAACCUCCUAUUUCUCCCCCUUCAAUCACCCCGCACUCUGGAAGUCAUCGACGGACGGCCCAUAUCUUCCGGACAAAUAACCCAACUCUGCUACCUACCGCUAUCAAUCGACUCCCACCAUGAAACUAUCCCCUUCUUCGUCACCAAACUCGGCUCGUAUCCACUCGUACUCGGAAUCCCCUGGCUUCAACUGCACGACGUCACAUUACGGUUUAAAGACAAUAGUAUACUGUUCGACUCCGAAUACUGCAAACGCAAGUGCAACUCUUCUGCAACACCCGUUCCCAUUAGAGUGGUUGCACCACCGCCCCGUUUCCACCUCGUCAGUUCAGCUGCCCUCUGUCGCUUUGCUCGAAGGGACAAGCUCCAAAUCUUUAGCACAACUAUUGAGGAAAUAGAUCAAACCAUGGGCGAGGCCCCUAAGGAAAACUGGAGGAACCGAGUCCCAACCCGGUAUAAGAGGUUUCACGAGAUGAUGGAUGAAAAGUUCGCUAACGAGAUGCCACCUCGCCGCCCCUAUGACCAUAAGAUACCGCUUAAGGAAGGGAAAGAGCCCCCUUUUGGGCCACUUUAUGGUAUGUCCCGUGAGGAACUCGUUGUGCUUAAGCAAUACAUACAGGACAACCUCCAAAAAGGCUUCAUUCAGGCCAGCUCUUCACCUACCGGUGCCCCUGUCCUAUUUGUUAAAAAGAUCGAUGGAACACUUCGCCUCUGUGUCGAUUAUCGUGGCCUCAACGAACUCACUGUCAAAAACCGCUACCCGCUGCCGCUCAUCCGGGAAACUCUCGACCGCCUUUCCAAAGUCAAGUGGUACACCAAACUUGACCUUCGCCAAGGAUAUAAUCAGAUCCGAAUGGCUGAGGGACGCCUAUUGCGAGUUCUUACACCGGCCCUAUUACACCCUUCGUACCUUCCGGAAUACUCGCUACUCGCCCCCUUGAGAGAGGGUGAAGAAUGGAAAACAGCCUUCCUUACUCGUUACGGACAUUUCGAAUAUACGGUGAUGCCCUUUGGCCUUACCAAUGCGCCGGCCACCUUACAACACUUUAUCAAUGAUUGCGUCCGCGACUACCUUGAUAUGUUCUGUACAGCCUACCUUGACGAUAUUCUCAUUUACAGCGACACCUUCGAGGAACAUCAAGUACACGUCGAAAAGGUCCUGGAAGCCCUACAAAGAAAUGGAGUACUGCUGAAACCAGAGAAAUGUGAAUUUCAUACACAAAGCACCACCUAUCUCGGCCUCAUUAUCGAACCUAAUGGUAUUAAAAUGGACCCAAGGAAAGUGGAGACAGUGAAGAAUUGGACCGUCCCCAAAACAGUUAAGGAUGUGCAAGCAUUUCUAGGUUUCCCUAACUUUUACCGCCGAUCCAUACGCGGAUUCUCGGAACUGGCUUCUCCCCUUACCAGACUGACACGUAAGGAUAUACCAUUCGAAUGGACACCCGAAGCCCAAACUGCCUUCAACGACCUGAAAGAAGCCUUCCCAACCGCUCCUAUCCUUACCUAUUUCGACCCGGAGAAAAAAUUACUGUGGAAACCGAUGCAUCUGACUAUGUCUCUGCUGCACUCCCGCGCUGAACGCAACUACGAGAUUUACGACAAGGAAUUACUGGCGAUUAUUCGAUCCUUUGAGGAAUGGCGACUGGAACUUGAAGGGGCUGCACACCCAAUCGCCAUCAUAUCCGAUCAUAAGAAUCUCGAAUACUUUAUAAGUACUAAGCAACUCAACCGGAGACAAGCACGGUGGGCGGAAUACCUGUCACGGUUUAAUUUUGUCAUUAAGUACCGACCAGGGAAACAAGGAGGGAAACCGGACACGUUGACAAGAAGAUCAGGAGAUCUCCCUGGAGAGGGGGAUGAAAGACAAUUAUAUCAGAGUCAAGUUGUAUUAAAGAAAGAGAAUCUUGACGCAAAGCUAAGUUUGUUGGCGGGUUCUUUCUCAAAUCAGCCCGCUGAAAAGAACGCCUCACUGUAUAGACUAUUCUAUGAAGGAUAUUGCGCUGACCCGUUUCCGCAAAAGAUACUGGAUAUGCGGAAUAAAGGCGAACGACAAUCAAAGGACAUAUCACUCGCCGAAUGCACCGAGGUUGAAGGCCGGUUGCUUUACCGAGAUAGUAUAUAUGUACCCGACUACGACCCUCUCAAGCUCCAAAUCCUCCAACUUUACCAUGACGCUGCCUCCGCCGGAUACCCUGGACGCGAAAAAACAUUCGAACUCAUCAGUCGAGACUACUACUGGCCCCUUAUGCGGAAUUAUAUUGCCCGCUACGUUCGGAACUGCCACACCUGUCAACGAAGCAAACCCAAUACCCAUGGAAAAGUCGGCGUAUUUCGACCUUUACCGAUUCCCGAACAACCAUGGCGGGAGGUAUCAAUGGACUUCGUUACUGGCCUACCGGAGAGCGAAGGGUACGACGCGAUUAUGGUAGUUAUUGACCGGUUAACAGAUAUGCGACAUCUCCUUCCCUGUAAUACCACCAUCAACUCUGAAGACGUCGCCCAAGUAUAUCUGCGAAAUAUAUGGAAGCUCCAUGGGCUACCCACACAUGUCACCUCCGACCGCAGCACGCAAUUUACAGCCAAAUUCUGGAGGGCUCUUUGUAAACACCUCGACAUCGAAGCAAGAAUGUCCACCGCCUUUCACCUGGAGACCGACGGCCAAACUGAAAGGUUGAACGCUGUAAUGGAACAAUACCUACGAGGAUAUGUCUCUUACCAACAGGACGAUUGGGUAAAAUGGCUCCCUAUGGCAGAAUUCUCCGCCAACAAUCAGGUCUCCGCAUCCACCAAAGCUACACCAUUCUUCGCGAACUAUGAUUUCCAACCCCGGUUCACAGUGACGAUUAAACCGCUUGAUGGGACCCCACCGAGUCUCAAUGCUAAAGACUUCGCCUCGAAGAUGAAAGAACUUCACCCACACCUCCGUUCCAACAUCCGUACAGCGCAAGACCAACAAGAGCAGGCCAUUAAUACCAAAUGA